AUGGCUCAAGUCACUCCACCCCUACGUCGUAGGAAUAUGAAACCAAGACAGGACGUAUCUUCUGCUGCCCCCGAGGCAAGCUCUGCAGCAGCUCCUUCUCCCUCUUCCUCUGCUGAAACUUCACCUACGACAUCGGCUGAACCCGAAUCGUCAUCUGCUGCACCAUCGUCCGCUGCCGCUGAACCAUCUUCAGCCGAUCCCUCACCCUCUGCAUCACCAUCGCCUUCACCUUCAGCAGCACCUUCAUCAGCUGAACAGUCCCCUUCCGCCUCACCCUCACCUUCCGCUUCCCCUUCGCCCUCGCCUUCUCCGUCUGCCGAACCGUCCUCUCAGCAGCCAUCCAGCGCACCAUCCUCCGAGGCCAGUCAGUCGCCUAGUCCUAGUGCCUCACCUAGUGCCUCGGCUUCGGCUAGUCCAAGUGCUGCUCCAUCAAGUCAGCAGCAGAGUCAAUCCCAGAGCCCAAGUGCGGAACCUUCUUCCACACCUGGUGGUACGACUACUACCAUCACUGUAGGACAAUCAUCCACUCAACAGAGCCAGUCAGCUUCUCCUUCAGCAGGUGAAUCCAGUCAGCCUGGUACCACCACUUCCACAGUCAUCGUUCAACCUUCCAACACCUCUUCCGAAUCAACUUUGACCUCGGCAGUAGGCGUGGUAACCACCACCGACUCCGAGGGACGAUCUACCACCUCGACCCCGUCCGAAAUUACCUCAUCGUACGUGACCACCUCCGACGGACAGGUUUACACCGUCACUCGGAUAGUGCACAACCCGACGGGUGCGCUGGACAGCGGUGGAAGUGGAAGUGGAUCCAGUACAAAUUCAUUCUUCAAUAACAAAGGUGCUGUGGCGGGUGUAUUCGUGGUAGUUGGUUUAGUGGUAGUUGGGAUAAUUUUCGCAUUGGGUCUGUUAUGUUUCAGAAGACGUCGAAGACAGAGAUUAGAUAGGGAAGUCACUGCAGCUGCUAUAGCAGCAUCAUCAGGUGGAGCAGCCAGAUCACCCUUGGACGAGGAUAACGAAGAUUACCAUUCGGGUAGUGGACCGACAUCGGAAUCGUACCCUUCUACUGUCAAUCAACCGAUGACUCAAUAUGGUCAAUAUGGAGCCUCGUACGGUAAUGCAGGGGGAUAUGAUCCUUAUGCUGCUGCUGCUGCCGGUGCUGCCGGUGCUGCUGGAGGGUAUGGUGCCACUCAUCAUACAGGUGGAUAUGAUGGAUUACAAGCUGGGAAUCAAGGAUAUUAUUUCGAUCCGAGAGAUGCGGCGAAUUACCAGGAUGCCCCACAGGAUGAUAGUUAUCUGAAUGCACCUCAACAGGGAGGGUAUAAUGAUCCUUAUGGAGGGUAUUCGACCGGUGGGGAAGGGAGUGUCGAUACGCCUAAUAAUGAGAGGGAAGAUCCGCUGAGGGUUGCUAAUCCGUCUCAUGGAAGACAGUGA